GACCUUUCAAGCGACGGGCUGCCUUGUGUAGCUAGCGGUGAGGUUGUCCUCUACGAGUUUAGGAAUCGCAGUUUUUAUAAAUUACCACAUGUUAGCAGUGGUUUGUCUUUACUGAGUUGAAGAUAAAGUUGAAGGUCAAAGGAUGACCUCCAGAGGGACGCCCAGCCGCUUCCUGAAGAGCGUUCUUCAGAACGGUGUGGGCCGAUACGUGUGUCAACUGAAACGGGUCUCCAUCAUCUUCUCCAAGAGGUCUCCGAGCGCAUUGGGAGUCAGGGAUUUCAUUGAGGAGGGAGUGGUGGAUUAUGCCAAUAAGAACCCUGGGACUGUUGUUUAUAUUUCUCCUCAGACCAGUAGUAUCCCUAAAGUAGUUGCAGAGUACUUAAAUGGUAACACAAAGGAGGAGCUGCUCACCAACAAAACGUCGCAGCAGGUCUUAGAGGUUCUCACCAAACUGACCGACCAAUCUGGCCAGGACAUCAUCCGCAUCCGCAAGCCGUUUCACACCGACAGUCCAAGCAUCCAGGGCCAGUGGCACCCGUUCACACACCGCCCCCCAUCUGUCGGCCUCAUCAGACCACAGAACCAACAUGGAGAAUAAAGACUUCCUAAUGUUAUUGUUGGGACAGUUUCCAGAAACUAAUGAGGCUUGUCUUCAGGUUAUAGCCUGAGGGUCCUGCAGAGAAAACACAGUUCUGACAUGUGCUGUUAUUAUGUCCGCCAUCCUCUUAGCUGGAAGCAAAUGCAGUCUUCAGAUACAUUUGAAGCUAGCACGUUUAAUGUUAAUGUUUUUUAAAAAAGCAAAAUGUGUAUAUAAUGCAUUGUAUUGAAAUAAAAAA